CCGGCUACAGAGAAGCAUGAACUCGCUCCAUUCAAUCUGCGCUUUCUUCUUAUUCGCCCUGGGUCUCUAUACAAUUUGUGAAGCUGAGAAGGCCUGUGGAAAAUCCGUCGCAAUCAGCGAUCGCAUUGUGGGAGGGCAGGAUGCAAAGAAGGGCAAGUACCCCUGGCAGGCGUUGUUGUGGUGUCCUGGUGUAUACCGCUGUGGUGGGACUCUCGUCAGUAGCAAGUGGGUCGUGUCAGCAGCUCAUUGCUUAUCAAGGUCGAAUGCUUCCUGUCUUGCUGUUAUUCUGGGAGCCAACAAAUUAAGUGGAAAUGAAAACGAGGAAAUGGCGGUCUCUGUGAAAAACAUCUAUAUACACCCUAAUUACAAUGACACGGAUAUCACUAAUGAUAUUGGCCUUGCAGAGCUCACACAGGCCGUGUCCUUUACGAGCUACGUCAUUCCGGUUUGUCUGCCUACAGCUUCCACCAUAUUUAAUCCUGGACAGAGCUGUUGGGUGACUGGCUGGGGAGUUACUGAAUUUAAUACUUCCCUAAGUCCAAAUACCCUGCAAGAAGUACAGAUGCGAAUCCUAAGCGCGGAGCAAUGCAGGAGUUAUUAUGACCCAAAUAUAACCGGUGUUUACAUUACGGACCAGAUGAUAUGUGCAAGGGACAUCCUUGGUGGGAAAGACUCCUGUCAGGGUGACAGUGGAGGACCCCUUGUUUGUUCUUAUGGAGGAAACUUUUAUUUGGUUGGAGUGGUGAGCUUUGGCAUUGGUUGUGGAGAUACAGCCUACCCAGGGGUGUAUACGUAUGUGCCUGCCUAUAGGGACUGGAUUGGGAAAUAUGUUCCCAGUGUCUCUACUACCUCUAGUGGCUCAGCAAGAAUAGGAUUCACGUAUGGGCCAACACUCAAGGGCUUGAGUUUAAUGUCCUUCUUCCAUUCGCUCUGCUGGGUGCUACUGGGAGAUCUUUGGUUUGUCCUGAUCAUAAGCAUGGCAGCUUGGAUGAGGUGCUGAAGACUGGAGUUGUUUGCGGGGAGUUACAGCACCUUGGACUUUGAACCAUGGAGUAUAAAUUUAAGAAUUUGCCUUCUAGAGCCUUAUUUAUUGGCAGAAUGAUCAAAUUGUGAGAUUAGAGCUCACUGCAGAAACAUUCACCCACUUUCUCUUCAUUCCUAUGGGGUUUUUAGAAGAGGGGGGACAAUUUCAUUUCCACUAAAACCCCGAAUAUCUAGUCAUGUAUUGAAAGAUCUGAACUGACAAAGUAAGAACGAAAAAAGAAGCAGUAAAAAUGUGAAAACGUGACUUUUUUUCAUAGUCAUCAAACCCCCCUGGAAACUCUAAAACCAUGAAGCAAAGAAGGACCUUCCAGUUGUAAAUAUGACAUUGACUUCUACAUGAUCUCGACAGCUUUAAGAUGGCGUAUUUUUGCUUUCAGACUUUCUUCUCAGUUUCGUCGCAUAAUAAAUCGCAAAAAAAUCAUAUUUUUCUUCAA